AUGUCUCUCUCCAACAAGCUUAACAUCACCGAUGUCGACCUCAAGGACAAGCGUGUCUUGAUCCGGGUUGACUUCAAUGUUCCUCUCGACGGCGAGUUCAAGGUCACCAACCCCCAGCGUAUCGUCGGUGCCCUGCCCACCAUCAAAUAUGCCAUCGACAACGGUGCUAAGGCCGUUAUCUUGAUGUCCCACCUUGGUCGCCCCGACGGCAAGGUUAACCCCAAGUACAGCUUGAAGCCCGUUGUCCCAGUUCUCGAGGAGAAGCUCGGCAAGAGCGUUAUCUUCACCGAGGACUGCGUUGGCGCCCAGGUUGAGGAGACCGUUAACAAGGCCUCCGCUGGCCAAGUUAUCCUUCUUGAGAACCUGCGUUUCCACGCCGAGGAGGAGGGUAGCUCCAAGGAUGCCGAGGGCAAGAAGGUCAAGGCCGACGCUGCUAAGGUUGCUGAGUUCCGCAAGGGUCUGACUGCUCUUGGUGAUAUCUACAUUAACGACGCUUUCGGUACCGCUCACCGUGGUCACAGCUCCAUGGUCGGUGUCGAGCUCCCCCAGAAGGCCGCCGGUUUCCUCGUUAAGAAGGAGCUGGAGUACUUCGCUAAGGCUCUCGAGAACCCUGCCCGUCCCUUCCUCGCCAUCCUUGGUGGUGCCAAGGUCUCCGACAAGAUCCAGCUGAUCGACAACCUGCUCCCCAAGGUUAACAGCCUGAUCAUCACCGGUGCCAUGGCCUUCACCUUCAAGAAGACCCUUGAGAACGUCAAGAUUGGCAACUCUCUGUUUGACGAGGCUGGCAGCAAGAUCGUCGGCGACAUCGUCGAGAAGGCCAAGAAGUACAGCGUUGAGAUCGUCCUCCCUGUCGACUACGUCACCGCCGACAAGUUCGCCGCUGACGCUAAGGUUGGCUACGCCACUGAUGCUGAGGGCAUCCCCGAUGGCCUCAUGGGUCUGGAUGUCGGUCCCGAAUCCGUCAAGCUGUACCAGAAGACCAUUGGCGAGGCCAAGACUAUCCUCUGGAACGGUCCCCCCGGUGUCUUCGAGCUGAAGCCCUUCGCCAACGCCACCGAGAAGACUCUCGAUGCGGCUGUUUCCGCUGCUCAGUCUGGCUCUAUUGUUAUUAUCGGUGGUGGUGACACUGCUACUGUUGCUGCUAAGUACGGUGUUGAGGACAAGCUGUCGCACGUUUCCACUGGUGGUGGUGCUUCGCUUGAGCUGCUCGAGGGCAAGGACCUGCCCGGUGUUGCUGCUCUGUCCAGUAAGUCUUAA